CACCAAUUUUCCCCAUCUUUGACCUACUCUGCUACCUGCACUUCAUUAACACAUCAACACCCUCUCCUCUCUCAAUACCCAAACAACAAGAAGAUUAAAACCCCAUAAAACCCAUUUACUUAUUAGGCAUUGAAAAACACACAACAGACACAAAUCCUUUCCUUUUCUCUCACGCCUUCUAUCUCUCUCUCUAUAGCAUUUAAACCUCAUCUUAUAAUUUCCAACUUCGUUUCUUGGUUUUGCCCGAGAAACAAUCAAGAAAAGACACUAAAACAGAACACUUCUUUAGUUGCAUGUGAUCGACAGAAAAAAUAUAAAGACAUCUUUCUUUCUUCUUCUUUUUAUUGCCUAGUCAAACAUGAGCUCUUGUUUAGAAGAAAAGCAUAGUAGAAUCUUCGUUACCGGUCCAAUCAUCGUCGGUGCCGGUCCGUCCGGUUUAUCCGUAGCGGCUUGUUUAUCAAACCGAGGCGUGCCAUCGGUUAUACUCGAGAGAACCGAUUGCUUAGCUUCUUUAUGGCAAAAACGUACCUACGACCGUCUUAAGCUCCAUCUCCCUAAACACUUCUGCGAGCUUCCUCUUAUGAAGUUCCCUAGAAACUUCCCAAGAUACCCAUCCAAGCAACAAUUCAUCUCCUACGUUGAGUCUUAUGCUGCCCGGUUUAAUAUCAAACCGGUAUUUAACCAAACCGUAGAGAAAGCCGAGUUCGAUGUCGCCUCUGGUCUAUGGACGGUGAAGACGCAAGACGCUGUGUACUCAUCCACAUGGCUCGUGGUGGCAACAGGGGAAAACGCUGAACCGGUGAUACCGGAUAUACCCGGUUUGAAGAAGUUUACUGGACCGGUUGUUCACACUAGUGCGUACAAGUCCGGUUCAGAGUUUGCAAACAGGAAGGUUUUGGUGGUUGGUUGUGGAAAUUCCGGAAUGGAGGUGUGCUUGGAUCUUUGUAGAUACAAUUCUCUGCCUCAUAUGGUUGUUAGAAACUCUGUACAUGUAUUACCAAGAGAUUUUUUUGGUCUAUCGAGUUUUGGAAUAGCAAUGACACUACUGAAGUGGUUUCCUCUAAAGCUGGUGGACAAUUUGCUUCUGCUUCUUGCUUAUCUUUCGUUGGGCAAUACCGACCGGUUAGGCCUCCGACGACCUAAAACCGGACCUAUUGAGCUUAAGAACGUCACAGGAAAAACUCCGGUUCUUGAUGUCGGCGCCAUAUCUUUGAUACAAUCCGGUCAAAUUAGAGUGAUGCAAGCAGUGAAAGAAAUAACCAAGAAAGGAGCAAAGUUUGUGAACGGGCAAGAAAUGGAGUUCGACUCGAUAAUUCUAGCGACCGGGUACAAGAGUAAUGUCCCCUACUGGCUCAAGGACAAUAGUUUCUUCACAAAGGAAGGGAUGCCGAAAACGCCAUUUCCAAACGGAUGGAAAGGAGAGAAUGGGCUUUACACGGUGGGUUUCACGAGAAGAGGGCUCUUGGGAACGGCUUUUGAUGCCGUUAAGAUCGCGGAGGAUAUAAGGGCAUCUUUAUUGGUGGGAUGAAGAGAGAGAGGGAGAGAGUCCCUUAUUAUGCUUUUUUUUUUUUUUUUUUUUUUUUGGUCAUUAGAGAGUAAGGGACAGCCCUUAAUUAAGGGCUUUUCCCUUCUCUUUCUUCCUCGGUUCCCACCCCCUUCCCCUAAGGGAUGCCUUAAGGGACCCCCAAUACAGAUGCCCUAACUGACCACUGGAUGAAAAUGAAUGGUCCGUUGAGUAGCAGUAAUGUUUGUAGUUCCCAUAUUAUUCACUUUGACUUCAAUAAAUCAUAGAUUUCUUUUUUCCUUGUACUCCUUUUUCUUAAAAUAAAAUUGCAAUUUUUUAUGACACAUCUAUAUUUAUUUUCAACGACCAUAUUUACUGACUUUUUGAAUUUUAUUCUAUAAAUAAAAAGCUUUGGACUUUCAUAAUAUGUAUUUUGUGCUUCUGUUUUUUUCGGACAACAAUGAUUCCAAAAUAGACUCUAUAAUAUAGUUGUAAUAUAUUCUGAUGAUAUUUUAUUUUAGAGUGAAAAAUAGAGUGAUGAACAAACAAAAAAACAAUUUACUCUAUAUAUAGAGUAACUUAUUUUUUACUCUAUUAUAAAAUGAAAAAUAGAGUAUCAUUUAAGCAUUUUUACACUAAAUUCUAUUUUAUAAUGAAAAAUAAAAUGAA